AUGCCUCAGGCCUCGGAGAAGCUGCGAACCUCAGAUGUGGUCGGGCUUGAUGGGCUCACUAACUAUCAUCUUCAUGAAGAAGUUGGUCGGGGUAUGACAUCUAUUGUCUACCGCGCAAUCUGUAGGAGAGGUCGUCUUCGUAAUCGCAUAGUUGCCUUGAAGGUGAGAGGGCAUGAGCAGAUUAAAAAGCCUUCCAAUGGACCGGGUGACGGAAACAAUGCCGCAUUGCCAUCCUCACCCUCCGCGAUACACUACUCCCUUCAUCAUCCCGCCAUCGUCUCUCUUUUAUCCCAUUUCACAUGCGCCUCAGGUCGCUUCCAUGUCUUGGAGUUCUGCUCCAGAGGGUCGCUUGAAGCAUUUUUACAUUCACGGGAAGGUUCCCGUACGUCCGAAGGUGAACUCAGAGGAGUUGGUCGGUCUUUGGUGGAUGCACUUCUCUACCUGAAGAAAGAGCGCGUUGUGCAUCGUGCCAUUUGUCCAGGCAACAUUCUCCUGACUGAAGACUUACGAGUCAAACUGUCCGACUUUGGCCUUUCUGCACGCCUCCCCAUAGUCUCUUCUGCGAUUUCAGGGAUCUGUGACUCACCGAACUAUGUAGCACCAGAGAUCAUCUCUCGUCUUCCCCACGGUCCUAGCGUUGACCUAUGGUCAUUGGGUUGUGUGCUGCUGAGAUGUCUGUCCGGAAGAACUCCAUUCAAGGCAUCCACCGCUGACGAGGUAUACGCCAAUGUGACCCGUGGUGAGUACACCCUUCCCGAAGUCACAUCGCAAGAAGCCAAGGACCUAUUGUCUGGUUUGAUACAAGUGGAUCCCGCCGAUCGCAUUCCUCUAUACCGUAUUCCUACCCAUCCCUUUUUUAACUCACUGUUCGCUAUCCAAUUGCUCACGAUGGACUCACGGAGACCUCCAUCACGAACCUCUGUACAGAAGGAGAAUGUGCCAGCUUCUAAGUCAAAGCUGUAUCCCCCACUCCUGUCCAAAGGCGCGCCACCCACUAAAGCACCCACAAACUUCUAUUCUAUGUCAGAUAACAACCCGAGAAAACCGUUCACCGACACCAAGAAUCGAGACCUGCGGAGUAUCUUGAGUGACGAGCUGGCUUCACUCCCGUCAACGACGAGCUUCGGGGCUCUGAGGCGCGUUAUGUCCGCCCCACACCCCGAUAUAGAUCCGGUAAGCUGCCCUGGGCCUCAACGCACGGGAGUUCCUCCUAGGGUAUCGUCUAUGCCGACUACGCCUCCGCUGACUGCAGACUCUGGGCUUGGCUCGCUUCCGUCUGGCACUCUGUACGACGCGAACAACUGCUGCCCCGAAUCUGAGAAGGGCGAAGUGGUAUUCUUACGGCAUCCUCUGCUAGCUAUACCUGGUACAUAUAGCUACGGAGAUCUAGCGAAAUACAAAGACGCAGCAUUCAUAUCGAAGCAAUCUGGGCAACGAGGUCGCAGUCACUCGAUCGCGUCUGCAGCGCCUACCAGGAGACUCAGUGCGGUUUCUUUAGCUGACAAAGCGGUGGCAACGUCUCGACCUAGCUCGGCUCAAGAGACCUCUCGCAACCGCCAGAGCUCGCUGUCGCCUGUCCGUUCGUCAGUACCUAAGGAGAUCCCCGGGCUGUCUGCUCUGUCAACUGCAUAUCUAGCCCCAAAGACGCACAAGGUCGCUGCCGGCCAGCUCGUUGUGCUCCCAUCGAAGUCGCUGCUGAUCGACUUCCGAGAAGGCGAGCGCAGGAAGGGCCAGAAGGGCAUUGAAGUCCUCAUGACUAGCCCUGACGGGCAGAUGGUUCACGUCUACAGCGCGCCGCAUCUGAGCACUCCCUGCUGCCUAGCGGAGCCUCUGGCGACGUACCCCAUGCGAGAAUUGCCUGCGCAAUACCGGAAGCUGUAUGGCGACGCGGGUCGCGUAGUGGACCACUUGAAGCAGCGCAUUCCGAAGCUCGUCCUACAUAAGCCGGAAUACAAGUGCACCCUGAUGGCGAACGAGCCCCUCGGGGACAUCGAAGUCGUCUUCACGCCAGAGGUCCUCGGGGUGGCAGGGAGUUACUCGAAAGGCGGGACGUCUAUCCCUCAGGGCCCGAACCUGCGUGUGCGACUGUCGCGCUUGCGCCAAUCCGCUGAAAUUUCUCGGCACGUCCCUCCUGCGUCUGAGGGUCGGCCAGGCACGGGCGAGUGGGUAAAGAAAGUCUUACCAGUCACUCCUGGCGAAUAUGCUCUUUUAGGUGAGGCUCUGGAGAAGCUGGAGUCGACGGAGAAGACCGGCUGGCGACAUCUUGUGGACUUCUUGAUGAUAUGCCAAGCUGUGGAAGAGCUAGAAACGAAGAGCGAACAACGCGCUGGGGACGUACAUGUAGGCCCUUCCUUGAUUCCUCCGUUGGAGCUGGCUGCUGUGCCCGACAACUCUGGUGACGACCGUGGAAGACAAGGAGGGCGUCAACGCCUGAAGGACGUCCUCAAACGGCAGGAGGAUGCUAAUGCGGUGCCGCGACCCCCUGGAUCUGUCAACGUAAAGGACAGCGCCGACGACAAUGAGACUCUACUGACUGUGGCGACGACUGCGAGCACGAAUGUGCUGCGAUCUAUGGAGCUGCCUCCCCGGCCCUCAAAGUUCUCCUCUGGCUCAGCUCGGAACACUGGUGGCAGGCGCGUCGUCUCUGAGAAUGACUCGAAAACAGUGGCUGGGCUAGACUAUGUCUCGGGCUCUGACUCUUGGGCGACCUACGGGCGACUAGCGCGCAGGUCUGCGCAGACGGCACUGGAUAAUGUGGCGGAUCACUCGCGCACACCUCAAACGCGAUUCAUACCCUCGGUAGGGUGGUGCAUUCGUUACAAAUCGGGUGAGGGUGCUCGUUACAGGGUGAUGUUUCAGGACGGUGCAGCUCUGGAAGUCGAGGUGGCCUCCAAUGUGCAGGACGCGGUGCAAUUCAGCAGCAGUGUGGCGGAGCAGUCCAUGAUGAUGUCGCUCGAGGCUGCGGAGACGAGGAUCCCCGAGCGGAUGAAGGCGCUCGUUGCGUUCAUCCGGUUGUUCGAUGAUGGCUGACGGAAAGACGGUCUGUGUCGUUGUUCCUGUGGCUGCCCUUCAUGUGAAGAUGUUUGUUUUCUUGGAACAGAGAUUGUCUGUUGUUGUUGUCCCGCUU